GCUUGAGUGCCGUCAAGCGGCGGUCGGCCAGUGAAGAGUUAAAAGGAGGAGACGCGGACUGACACGCCUCAUCGGAGAGAUGAUGUGCGGCCAACAAAACGCGCGUGUCGCCCCGCGAGUCUUCCACAGCCCUGGAACACGUCGUCUCGUGCGCGAGCGCCACGAGGCCGGAGCCGGACGGGUCCUGGUUCUCAUACACUGAGGAAGCCCCGCAACCUUCCCCUCUUGCUUUUUGGCUGCUUUUUCUUCGUUCCUAUUCGUCGGUUUUUGUGGCUCCAGGUUGUGGAUUACUUGGUUCCGAUUCUGCACAAGAGGUACGAGGUAUAAAUAUGACCUGAUGCGUUGUAUGUCACCCAGAGUCCGGCCAUGGAGGAGUCGAGCUCGCACCACAAGGCGCAGCUGUGGGACGGCGACGCCAAGGCGGUGCAACAGUGUCUGACGGACAUCUUCACCAGCGUCUACACCACCUGCGACGUGCCCGAGAGCGCCAUCUUCGGGCCGUGCGUGCUCAGCCACACGUCCAUGUACGACAGCAUCGCCUUCAUCGCGCUCAAGGCCACCGACAAGCGCACCGCACCCUACAUAUUCCGGGUGGACACAUCCGCGGCCAACAGCACGUCGGAGGGCCUGACGUGGCUUCGUCUGGUGCAGUCGGCCCGCGACAAGGACGAGCAGAACCUGGAGGCGUACGUGAAGAACGGCCAACUCUUCUACCGCUCGCUUAGGCGCAUCGAGAAGGACGAGGAGCUGCUGGUGUGGUACGGGAAGGACCUGGUGGAACUGCUGCUGCUCACUGCCGCCAGGGUGUCGGCUAAGAGCAAAGGUUCAUCCCACCACUCGUGCCCGGACUGCAGUCAGAGGUUCCAGUUCGAGUUCCCGUUCUUGGCGCACCUCCGCUUCCGCUGCACCAAAAGACUGCAGAGCCUGACGGGGGCAGACGAGGAGCCCAGCAGGGAGCGCAGCCCGGACCGUCCCAACGCAACGCCCACCAGGAGCAGCCCCAAGCACGGCCGCUCUGAGGGCGACGGAAGCAAACCCUCCACGGACUUUCACAACCUGGCUCGGGACAUGGAAAACAACCGGACCGGAAGCCCCCUGCGCGACAGAGAGGCAGAGGUGUGCAGCGAGAGCUCGGGGAAGAGGAAGUUCUCCGCGGUGGAGGACCGGGAGUGCCGACGACCCGGCCUGCCGCAGUCCAAGUCCAAGGAGGAGCUGGCGACGUCGGCGCAGAACUACCGGGGAGUGUACGGCUUAGAGGAGAAUCACCGGUCACUUUCCUCUUCCAGUUCCUCGGAGACCAAGUGCAGCGCCUUCACCGAAGUCAAGAAGUCGGUUCAGACUCUCAAGAACCACGGCGGCAGCAAAAGCCCGUCGGCCGCCAACUCUGAGAACAAAGACCGUCCCAGCAGCAGCCCCUCGGAGAAGCACCUGAACAUCCGGCAGGUUCUGUCAGAGACGCAGCCGCCCCAAACCCCACCCAUGGGGAGCGCCUUCACCUCGGUGAGCCAGGGAGGCAGCGGCAGCGAGAGGAAGAGCGCCUUCAGUCAACCGGCUCGAUCCACCUACUCCCAGAUCUCCCCGCUGGUGUUGCCGCCCAAGCUGCUGGACUGCCACCCUGCGGUGGGCGACACCAUCUCAUCCAGUCGUCUCUACCAGGCCGACCACCUGGCCGCCAAGCUGCAGGGCGCCGAGCUGGGCGCUAACUGCCCUGUGCCGGGCGGCGUUGCCAAGCAGAGCCCCUUUGUAUACGCUGCCGCCGCCGCAGCUGCCACUUUCUGGCCCAAGAACUCAGGCGCCGUCCAGUUGCAGAUGCCCUCGGCGCUCACACUCCUGCCGCCCUCCUUCACGUCUCUGUGCCUGCCGGCGCAGAACUGGUGCGCCAAGUGCAACGCCUCAUUCCGCAUGACUUCGGACCUGGUGUACCACAUGCGCUCGCACCACAAGAAGGAGUACGCCAUGGAGCCCCUGGUCAAGCGGCGGCGCGAGGAGAAGCUCAAAUGUCCCAUCUGUAACGAGUCCUUCCGAGAGCGCCACCACCUGUCACGUCACAUGACCUCGCACAAUUGACUUGAGGCCCCUGGACCUGGCGCUGGGGGACCUGUCAGGAAUUAGGUGGAUUAAGGGGGCCCUGCCGCUUCAGUGCCGCAAAAUAACUAAAAUCUUUAAGGGCCCCUGUCAGUCAUGUGGUCUUUGAGUAGGGGUUCUCAAACUAUUUGGGUACUUUGGAGAUUUUUUGAUUUGAUUUCGAAAAAAUACACCCUAAGUGUGUGUGUAUGUACAUCCAGCAAAUACUCUUUGUAAGCUUCUCUUACUAACAACCCAGGCUAAACCUAGCUCCUACCAGACAUACAAGGCUUAUCUAUCAAUUGAAAUGUAUUACUUCAACAUACUUCUUUGGAGCAAUUACCGUGCUACUUUUUUUUACAUAGACAGGUCUUCAGUUCCAUAUUGUGGCAUCUUGGGUUGUUUCAGAAAGAGCAAAAAAAUAAAUAAAUAGUGACUAGGUGAAUGCGGAAAUAGCGAACCACGACAAGGCAGGUGCGUAUUCUACCAUUCAUGUUUUGAAUAUUUCAACCUAAAUAUUCGUGAAUGGAACUGAAUGAAAUGUGAUAUUUAUCCAUCGUUGCAAGCUGAAUGCACUGCUUACACUUACAACGUGGCUGCAAACAGAGAGGGUGUAGUUUAUAAAAGCACAGUCAGUGUUGCCAACUUCGCCAUUUGGUCACUAUAUUUAGCCACUUAGCUUAGCGACAAUUUUUCAAAAAAGCGACUACGUUCUAAAAACCAGGCUUAAAAAAAACAAGAGAAAAAAAAAUCAUCAAAUGUGGAAUUCAGUAUAUUAUUUACUUUAAGCAAAAAUAUUGCAGAAAAAUGUUACCUUGCAAAAUUUCCUAAAACAAGUAAACAUAGCUAGCCCACUGAUAUCCUAAAGCUAGUGUGUUUAUAUGACUUAGCCCUACAGAAUUAUGGUACUACGUACCUGAGGCUUUUUCACGUUGUAAGUGGCCCUCGCUUUGGGGACUGACUUUUAUAUGUUUCAAAUUUUUGCUCUUUCGGACAAGUUCACCCGUAAAGGACCAAAAUGACCCUAAAACGGCCACUUGAAAGGGAAAUGGCAGACUUGCUGUGUCUUUUCAGUAAUGGCUUCUUGAGACUUUUCGGUGGGUCUACUCAUGCGACACGCCUACAAAAGUUCAUGUUACUAAGUCAAACUGGCUUCUGUGGCUGAAUUUUGGAAGACUCUCUCGGGGGAGUUUGUAUUUGAAGGACCCUUGGAAACGAUGUGGAGAAAAAAAAUGGCAGACUUUCUGUCUCUUUGCAAUCAUGGCUUGCGGAGACUACGGGUCGACUCAUUGUAGACAUGCUGACCAAAUUUCAUGUUGACUUUUCAAAAACUCCCUUGGAGCAUUUGUCUUAGAAGUAACCCUGAAACAGUCAAAAUGAGCCUCAAGUGGCUACUUUGAAGCAAAAUGGCAGACUUCCUGUGUCUAUUCAGUCAUGGCUUCUUGCGACUUUUUUGUUGGGUCUACUCAUGUCUAACAAAUUUCAUGUUGCUAAAUAAAGCUGGCAUUGAGGGCUUAAUUUUCAAAAACGUUGGAAUUUGAUACAUUUUAUGUCGGGGAGGAGCCAAGUUUAGCUUGGGUCGUUAGCAGAAGCCAUUGCGGAGAAUCAAAAGUUUGAGAACCAAUCUCUUAGAAUCAUCAUCACUGACUUCGCCACCCCCCCUUGUGGUGCCCCCGUCCCCCCCUCCCCUUUGCACUCCUUUUCUGGAAGGUUUCUUUUUGUGUCCAAAAAACAAAUGUCACGUUUGAAAUGAAUCUAUUUAUGAAGCACUUACCCCGUCUCAGAAGGGAAGAUGGAAAUAUGUGUAAAUGUACAGUGAGUUGUAUUUUAUAUCCUACAUGAAUAUAGACACAAUGUGUGUGAGUGAGUGCAUGCACUACUACGGGAAACCAUAUCCACUCCACAUGCAGACCAUGUGUAAAUACAAAGGGUUCUGAUUUGAAAUACAAAGUGUGACCAUGGUAUUGCUAAUAAUAAUAAUAUUUUGUGUCUGUGUGUGUGUGUGUGUGGAGGGGGGG